AUAAUAAUUGACCUGUAAUAGAUUCAGCUAGUAGUACUGAAGCAUUUUGCUCGGAGAGAGGACACAGUACCUCAUUGUAUUCUAGUACCGCGAACGUUUUAUUUUUCCGCGUAGACUGGUACUGUAAAGUGAAAUUUCUUUCUUUCUUUGUUGUGUCUUCAUUAUUUGAAUGAAAGACAAUUAAAAUCAUGACAAUUCGUGUGGAAAUUGACGAAAAUGGUGCUCCCUUUGUUACAAUUGGAGAUUAUUGUCUUCGAUUGGAAAUGGACGAACUUUCAGGAGAAUUUUUGGAAAGGGCCAAAACUGAACUUCUAGAAACUCCAGAAAGAAUCCAACAAGGACUGAAAGAAUUCAAGGAAUUGAUACAAGCCGAAGAAGGUCUAGAAUUGCCUUUAGACGACGAUAAAUUCCUCUUAAAAUUCCUAAGGCCGUUUAAAUGUAACGCCAAAGACGCUUUUAGAGUGAUGAGGAAGUUUUACCGAUUCAAAGUCAAACAUCCGAAAUAUGGAGGAAUUGGGCUGACGCCAGAGGGCGUCCGGCACGUUUUCGACGCUGAAGUUAUGAAAGUUUUGCCGUCCAGAAGUAAAACAGGUGGCAGGAUUAUGGUUAUAAAUGCAGGCACAAAAUGGAAACCCAAAGAUGUACCACUGGAAGACAUGUUUAGAUCGAUAAUGGUGGCGAUAGAAAUAGCGAUGAUGGAACCCAGAACCCAAGUAGGAGGCGUCAACGUUAUUAUCAGUUUGGAAGGUUUGUCGCUGAGUCACGUUUAUCAAUUUUCGCCCAAGAUGGCCAAGGAGAUCGUCGAUUGGGUUCAGGAAUGUGCCCCUGUAAGACUACGCGGAAUCCAUAUAAUAAAACAGCCCUACCUUUUCAGUGUAUUAUACGCAAUUUUCAAGCCCUUUUUGGGUGAAUAUUUGAAGAAAAGGUUGUUUUUCCAUGGAAACGAUUAUAAAAGCCUGUGCGAAAAAAUCGGUAAAGAAAACUUACCGAAACAAUAUCAGGGCGAGGCGAACAUUCCAGAAUAUUCCGGAUCGGUAUUUUCCGAAAUGUUGUUUUAUUAUCAGGACGAGUUUUUAGCUUUCCACGGAAACGGCUACGUGACCGAAAUAGAAAAAAACCUAAGCGAAAAGGAAUUGAAUGAAUAUACAGAAAUCAAGAAAAAACUACUGAUUAUUGAAAAACCCAGCGAUACUGUGAUCAAAUCGACUACUGGCUGAAUAAAUAAUUAGUUUCAAGUUAAUUAAGAAUUUUGUUAAUUAGGUAUAAUAGUUGAAAUAUUUAAAAUUAAUUUGUACAGAAAUUAUAAGUUGUAAUUAAUAAAAAUAAAUAGAUUUAGGUACAAAUGGGCAAAACCCUGUUGUAUUGUAAUAAGCCUCUGAUAUUAUUGAUAUAUUUUAACAGGAAGACAAGUUUAUUAAACUCCUAAGGCCUUAAACUCUUCAAGAAAACAUUAUAUAAAUUUAUUAUUUUGAAGUUUUUUUUUAACAAAAAUAAUUUUAAAGAAAAACUCACCAUUUGUCCAGAAUUUGCCUUUUGAUUUUCACAUUUAUUCCUCCUUCACCAAAGAAUCUCUGGAAAUAAAAGAGAAAACCUACCAUUGAAAAAACCAUAAUAGAAUCAAAAAUAAUAAAGAAAAUAAAUAAAAAAACAAUUUUCUAAUAUUUAUUGCGAGUCUUCAACACCAAUAAUAAUAAUUAUUAUUAUAUACAAAAAAUUACCUUAAACCUAAAGCUAAAAUACACAAAAAAAAAGGACAUAGAUACAUGAAACAAACAAAAAAGGCCCAACCUAGAAAAAUAUCACAAUAAUUUAAAUCAAGCAAGAAGAGUGAAUGUUGAAUUAAAUGCCAAUGAAAAUCUACGACUAGACAUUGCAUAAUAAUAAUUACUCAUCCGAAAAUGGCACAUAAAGCUUCAAUUUGUUUCUAUGUAAUUAAAUUAUUAAAAAUCACUUUAAUAUAAAGUGGAUUUUAGUGGUAACUAACUAGUCAAAAGUCUUUUUGUGUAAAUCCAUUUUAUUUAGUCUUUCUUCUUUGAUUUUUCCUUGAGGCUGUUUUCCCUACGGAUUUUCUCUUUUAGUUGGGCUGUUUUUAGGGUUGUCAUCAAUUGGGUGGAUUGAUACAGCCAAUU